GCUCACCUUUUUAAAUGGAGAAUCACCCCAGGGACUCCCCAAGACUUACUGCCCCAGUCGGCGUUGUUUUCACCAACCCCUUUACUACAUCCCAACAACGUGGAGAUCCAAACCCCUCAGCCCCUGCGAAAGGACCGAUGACCCCUCCCAUUUCCCCUGGACACAGCGAACGUGAUGUGCGCGAUGUCAACAUGGCUGAUGAUUAUACGCCAUCUGCCCUUAACACCAGGCCUGUGGCAGAGGCUACAUCCGAGCAGAAUCCUCGCUACAUCUGGGGUAACCCGACUCCAGAGAACUCACAAGGGCCAGGAACACCACCUCGCCUCCCAGCCAGACAACUGGAAGACGAACAGGUCCAUGUGACUCGCCCUGGAGAGCUCAAGCUUACAGACUUUGAAGUCAGGGGAGCCUUAGGGACAGGGACUUUCGGCCGUGUCCUUUUGGUCCGUCUCAAGACCGCGACACCCGGAUCCCAGAGCAUCUUCGCGUUGAAGGUCCUACGUAAGAGCGAGAUCGUCCGGCUGCGCCAGGUCGAGCACGUCAAUGCCGAGAGAUACAUUCUUUCGCGUGUCAGGCACCCAUUUGUCGUCGAUCUCUUUGCGACGUUUCAGGACAGCCUGAACAUUUAUAUGCUCAUGUCUUAUGUUCCGGGAGGCGAGCUUUUCACGCAUCUCCGCCGCGCACAACGCUUUACUCCCGACGUCACUCGCUUCUACCUCGCCACUAUCGUCAUGGCGCUUAAAUACCUCCACUCCUUCAACAUCAUUUACCGUGAUUUAAAACCGGAAAAUCUCCUUUUGGACUCUCGUGGCUACGUCCGGCUGACUGACUUUGGCUUUGCAAAGAUCGUCGACGAUCGUACUUGGACCCUCUGUGGUACACCCGAGUACCUGGCACCAGAAAUCAUACAGUCGGACGGCCACGGGAAGGCCGCUGACUGGUGGGCCUGCGGCAUCCUCUGCUACGAGAUGCUGGUCGGAUAUCCCCCCUUCUUCGACGAGACGGCCUACGGCAUCUACGAAAAGAUUCUACGGGGAGAAAUAUACUGGCCGCGCACGAUGGACCGGCUGUCCAAAGAGCUCAUCAAAGGCUUCCUCCAUCCUGAUCGCAGCAAGCGGCUUGGAAACAUGGGCGGUGGGCCACAGGACGUGCUCGACCAUCCCUGGUUCCGGGGCGUCGACUGGGAAGCGCUCGAGCGAUGUGAGAUCAGGGCCCCCAUCAUCCCGCAGACCACCUCCGUCGACGACAUGCGCCACUUCCUUCACCUCCCCUAUCCAUCCUUGGACGACAUGCCAGGCAUCCACGGGGAAGAGAACCCACCCACUGUCCACCAGCGUUUCGACCCCUGCGCCUACCAAUUCCUCGAAUUUUGAAAGCCCCUCAAUAACAUUGCCGUCCUUCCCAUCUCUUACUUAUUUAUAUAUUUAUAUUUAUCUCGAACCAACUUCGCUCUUCGUCACUCCAUCCUUGCGCCGCUCCUCUGGUUUUUUUUGUUCUUACCGUGGCUAAUCUUAAUAGGCGAACGUUAGUCGCUCCACCUGAUCGUGCAUACAGCACACUGUCUUCGUCUGGCCCUUUCCUACAUCUCCUUAAUAUUGCAUGCUUUAAAGUGUAGCCUGAAACUCCC